CUCUCCUCCUCCUCUUUUUUAGAAGCAGCGAUCGGAGAUGGAUGUCUCUCUUUGCCCAGCCAAGUGUAGUUUCUGGCGGAUUUUCUUGCUGGGAAGCGUCUGGCUGGACUAUGUGGGCUCCGUGUUGGCUUGCCCUGCAAAUUGUGUCUGCAGCAAGACUGAGAUCAAUUGCCGGCGGCCGGACGAUGGGAACCUCUUCCCGCUCCUGGAAGGGCAGGAUUCAGGGAACAGCAAUGGGAACGCCAGCAUCAACAUCACGGACAUCUCAAGGAAUAUCACUUCCAUACACAUAGAGAACUGGCGCGGCCUGCACACGCUCAACGCCGUGGACAUGGAACUCUACACUGGCCUCCAGAAGCUGACCAUCAAGAACUCAGGACUUCGCAACAUCCAGCCCAGAGCCUUCGCCAAGAACCCCCACUUGCGCUAUAU